AUGGGUAGAACACAAAAAAAGAACUCUAAAGGUCGUUUGGAUAGGUACUAUUACCUUGCCAAAGAAAAAGGUUAUCGUGCUCGUUCUUCUUUCAAAGUUAUUCAAAUCAAUGAGAAAUUUGGCCAUUUCCUAGAGAAGUCUAAGGUUGUUAUCGAUUUAUGUGCUGCACCAGGUUCCUGGUGUCAAGUUGCAUCGAAGUUAUGUCCGGUGAACUCCCUGAUCAUUGGUGUUGAUAUUGUGCCAAUGAAACCAAUGCCUAACGUUAUAACAUUCCAAAGUGAUAUUACAACUGAAGAUUGUAGAUCCCGUUUAAGAGGUUACAUGAAAACAUGGAAAGCAGACACAGUUCUUCAUGAUGGUGCCCCAAAUGUUGGUUUAGGGUGGGUACAAGAUGCUUUCACUCAAUCUCAACUGACUUUACAAGCAUUGAAACUUGCUGUAGAGAACCUGGUUGUUAACGGUACUUUUGUUACUAAGAUUUUCAGAUCUAAGGAUUAUAAUAAAUUGAUUUGGGUUUUCCAACAAUUGUUCGAAAAGGUUGAAGCUACAAAGCCACCAGCAUCCAGAAAUGUCUCUGCAGAAAUUUUCGUUGUUUGUAAAGGUUUCAAAGCCCCAAAGAAGUUAGAUCCACGUCUGCUUGAUCCAAAGGAAGUUUUUGAAGAACUUCCAGAUGGUCCACAGAACAUGGAAGCCAAAGUGUAUAACCCUGAGAAGAAAGUCAGAAAGAGACAAGGUUAUGACGAAGGUGAUAACCUUCUGUACAAUACUGCCCCAAUUAUGGAAUUCAUUGAGACUGAGGAUCCAAUUACAAUGUUAGGUAAAUUAAAUAAAUUUGACGUAGAUCCAGAAAACAAUGAAUGGAAGAUUGUUAACAAGAUGAAGCAAACUAACAAAGAACUUCUAGCCUGUAUCGAAGAUUUAAAGGUGUUAGGUAGAAAAGAUUUCAAGAUGAUUUUGAGAUGGAGAAAAAAUGCUAGGGAUUUAUUAGGACUUGAUAAAGAUGAAGAUAACGAUGCCGUUGAUGUAAACCCAUUGACAGAAGAAGAACAAAUUGAUAAGGAAUUAAGCAACUUACAAGAGAAGCAACGUCUAUCUAAGAAGCGUGAAAAGAGAAAGAAGAAUGAAACAAAACAGAAGGAAAUUACAAGAAUGCAAAUGAAUAUGUUAACCCCAGAUGAUAUUGGUAUCGAAGCUGCUAACUUAGGAAGAGAAUCGCUUUUCAAUUUAAAGACUGCCGAAAAGACAGGUAUCCUAGACAAACUGGCUAAAGGUAAGAAAAGAAUGCUUUUCAACGAUGAAGAAUUAGCACAAGAUAAUGACAUUCACAUUGAUGAAAAAAUUGUUAGAGAACGUGAUAUAUACAAGGAUACCGAUGAUUUAGAGGCUGAAAUGGACUCCAUGUAUGAUAACUUUAAACAAAGAAAAUCUGAGAGGGAUGCUAAAUUCAGAGCCAGACAAGCCCGUGGUGGUGACAACGAAGAAGAGUGGACUGGUUUUAAUGAUAAAAAAGCAGACGAAGGAGAAAAUGAAGAAAGUGAUUAUGAAAUGGAAGAUACUGGAUCUGAACUAUCUGAUUCUGACGAUGAUGAGGCUAUUACUCAAUUAAUAAGUAAAAUAAAGACUCAAACAUCUCAAUCUAAAUUGAGUAAUAAGGCAUCCAGAUUCUUUAGUAACCCAAUUUUCGAUAACAUUGUCGCCGAUCUACCUAAUAAACUAAAUGCCAAUGGUGUAGACUCCGAAUCUGUUGGUGAUAUUAGUAAACUGAAACCAAAGUCAAAGGCAAAUGCUGCUGCUGAACAAAUAGAUCAGCAAGAAGUUGAUAGUAGUGAUGCUAGUGAUAGUGAAGAUUCAGAUUUUGAAAUUGUGGCAAAUAAAGAUUCUAAGCUUGAAGAUCUUGAUUCUGAUUACGAUUCUGAAGAGGAAGCAAAGAGAACAAAUGAAGAGAAACACAAAAAGGAAUUAGAUAUUGCGACAGUUGAGGCAAUGACUUUGGCACAUCAACUUGCGACCGGUCAAAAAACUAAGAGUGAUUUGGUUAAUGAAGGUUUCAAUAGAUAUACCUUUAGGGACACCGACAACCUACCGGCAUGGUUCGUAGAAGAAGAAGCUCAACAUUCGAAGAUUAACAGACCUAUCACGAAAGAGGCUGCUAUGGCUAUUAAAGAAAAGAUGAGAGCUUUGAAUGCCCGUCCUAUCAAAAAAGUUGCAGAGGCUAAAGCUAGAAAGAAGAUGCGUGCUGUUGCUCGUCUAGAAAAGAUCAAGAGGAAAGCAGGGUUAAUUAAUGAUGAUAGUGACAAAUCAGAAAGAGAUAAGGCUGAAGAAAUUUCUAGAUUAAUGAAGAAGGUUACUAAAAAACAAAGAACAAAGCCACAGGUUACUUUGGUCUAUGCAUCUGGUAGUAACAGAGGUCUAUCUGGUAGACCAAAGGGUGUGAAGGGUAAAUAUAAGAUGGUUGAUGGUGUUCUAAAGAAUGAACAAAGAGCAUUAAAGCGUAUUGCCAAAAAACAUCACAAAAAGAAGAAAUAA